GUUCCUCGAGCAGAAAGCGGGGAGUCGGAGCUGAGCUGAAGUAACCGCUGAACUCCGGGGAACGGCUCGCUGAGGAGUGAGUGACCCACCGGAGCUUCUCAAAAACGGACUGUUCACCUGAAUUCAGCGGUGUUAACGUCUCCUCUCAGCCGGUGAGAGGUCGACAUUCGCCCAACCGGCGACAUGGAUAAACUUUUAACUCGGUUCAUCACGGCGCUCGGGCUCCUGCUGUCGGUACGAGGACAGGUGUACAGAGGUGAUUGCAGCUUCGAGAAGCCGCUUACGGCGUGCGGCUACAGCCAGGGACGAGACGACGACCUUGAGUGGGAACAGGCCAACACCAGAGAAAAGACUUUAGGAAACCAGUGGAUGCCUCCUGGUUCGGCCUUCGUCAUGGUGAACACAUCAGGCCGAUUUGCAGGCCAGCGAGCCCAGCUGCUGAGUCCUCAGCUCAAAGAGAACGACACACACUGCGUCACCUUCCAGUAUCUCAUAUCAGGAAGAGAGGGCAACAGUCCCGGCUAUCUCAACAUCUACAUUAAGGAAAACAACAGUCCCACAGGUCUGCCGAUCUGGAACACCUCAGGUCCCGUCAGCCGAAACUGGAAUCAGGUGGAGCUCGCCAUCAGCACCUACUGGCCCAACUUCUACCAGAUCAUCUUUGAAGCUGUGACCUCGGGCCAGCGGGGUUUGCUAGCCAUCAAAGAUGUCGUCGUCCAGGGCCAUCAGUGCAUGACGACUCCACACUUCCUCCACAUUAAAGGAGUGGAGGUGAACGCCGGCCAGACCGCCACCUUCCACUGCACCGUCAACGGAGAGUGGAGAGACAGCUUUCAUCUGUGGCUACAGGGUAUCGGUGGACGCGAGGCUCCUAUGAAGGCCACUAAGCCGUGGAACAACCAGAGAUUCAUCGGGAUGUUUGACGUAGUGAACACCACAAAACAAGACUCGGGUCGCUACCGCUGUAUAGUUCAUUCCACCAGGGGUGUUGGUGUGUCCAACUAUGGAGAACUGACCAUCAAACAACCCCCAGUGCCCAUUGCUCCUCCCCAGCUGACCGCAGUGGGUGCCACCUAUCUGUGGAUCCAACUCAAUGCCAACUCCAUCAACGGAGAUGGGCCCAUCAUCGGGCGUGAAGUGGAGUACCGCACCGUCUCGGGAACCAUGUACGACCUGCAGCCUGUGGAUAAAGCAUCACACAAGAUCGGCCACCUGGCACCAGACACCGAGUACGAGAUUAGCGUGCUGCUGACACGCCCACUGGAGGGGGGCACAGGGGCACACGGGCCACCACUCAGGGCUCGCACUAAGUGCGCUGAACCCAUGCACGGCCCUCAGCAGCUGAAGGUGGUGGACAUCAAGGCCAGGCAGGUAACUCUCCGCUGGGAGCCAUUCGGCUACAACGUGACACGAUGCCAUAACUACAGUCUGACGGUGGAGUACCGGGCCCGCGGAGGAGGGAAGGACGAAACCCGGGAGGAGGUAUCCUACGAUGGCAAGAGCUCCGCUCCCCAAUAUACCAUCCACAACCUAACACCCUUCACCAACCUGAGCGUUAAACUGGUGCUGCGGAAUCGCGAGGGCGUUAAGGAGAGCUCCGAGAUCCACGUCCAGACCGACGAGGAUGUGCCAGGUGAGGUUCCUCUGGACUCCAUUCAGGCCAGUGUGUAUGAGGACAAGAUUAUCCUUAAAUGGAGAGAACCAGCCCAUACUUACGGGGUCAUCACCUUGUAUGAGAUCUCUUAUAAAGCUGUGAGUUCAUUUGACCCAGUGCUGGAUCUUUCCAACCAGAGUGGCAAGGUGAUCAAACUGGGUAACGAGACCAGUCACGUGUUCCUGGGUCUCUAUCCAGGUUCAACAUAUUCCUUCACCCUCAGAGCCAGCACUGCUAAAGGUUACGGCCCUCCAGCCAUCACACAGGCCACCACCAGGAUCUCAGCUCCUUCAAUGCCUACAUAUGAUCAGGAGACGUCUUUGAACCAGACUGACAGCACUGUUACAGUCUUCCUUAAACCUGCCCAGAGCAGAGGAGCACCUGUGAGUGUGUAUCAGGUGGUGGUGGAAGACGAGAGGCCCAGGAGAGCACGAGGUGGCGAGGCUGAGAUCCUGCGCUGUUACCCGAUCCCCGUCCACUACCAGAACGCCAGCUCACUCAACUCCAAGUACUACUUCACUGCAGAAUUUCCUUCCGGAGGCAUUUCAGCCACGUUACCUUUUACUGUGGGGGACAACAGGACGUACAACGGAUUCUGGAAUGCUCCUCUGCUACCCCACAAGAGCUAUAGUGUCUACUACCAGGCCGUCAGCACAGCUAAUGGGGAAACUAAGAUAGACUGUGUUCGGGUAGCCACAAAAGCCGCUAUCUUAGUGACGCAGCUCACUACCCCCUACAUUCGCAUUGCUCCAGCGGCGGGUGACAGCCAGCUAACAGGGUCGGCAACUCACAAACCGAAUGCGGUGGAGCCGGAGAAACAGACCGACCACACUGUGAAAAUCGCCGGCGUGAUUGCCGGCAUCUUGCUGUUUGUUAUCAUCUUCCUCGGUGUGGUCCUCCUCAUGAAGAAACGAAGAACCUAUCACUCCUACACUUAUUACCUAAAACUGGCUAAGAAGCGCAAGGAGACGCUAAACAGCACUCGGCAAGAGAUGACCGUGAUGGUAAACUCGAUGGACAAGAGCUACACAGAGCAGGGCACCAACUGUGAUGAAGCCCUAUCUUUCAUGGACACCCACAACCUGAACAGCCGCUCUGGUUCUUCUCCCUGUUCCCUUACCGUGAAGACAAACACUCUUAGCUCAACUCUUCCCAACCAAUAUUACCCAGACCCCUUUGUGCCUACUGCUAUAUUAGAUGAAACCCAGACAGUGGCCAGUGACACCAGCAGCCUAGUGCAGUCUCACACCCAUGCUCACUCCACACACUCCUCGCACACACACUCUCUUCGGAAACGAGAGGCCGCAGACGUGCCCUACCAGAUGAGUCAGCUCCACCCGGCCAUCCGCGUGGCCGAUCUCCUCGAGCACGUCACUCAGAUGAAGUGCGCCGAGGGCUACGGCUUUAAGGAGGAGUACGAGAGUUUUUUUGAGGGACAGUCGGCACCGUGGGACUCCGCCAAGAAAGAUGAGAACCGGAUGAAGAAUCGCUAUGGAAACAUCAUCGCAUAUGAUCACUCCCGUGUGCGUCUGCAGAGCCUAGAGGGCGAACAGAGCUCCGAUUACAUUAAUGCUAAUUACGUUGAUGGCUACCACAGACCGAAUCACUACAUCGCUACACAAGGACCUAUGCAGGAGACCGUGAUCGACUUCUGGAGGAUGGUGUGGCAGGAAAACACAGCCACCAUCGUCAUGGUCACCAAUCUAGUGGAAGUUGGAAGGGUUAAAUGCUGUAAAUACUGGCCGGAUGACACCGAGAUAUAUCGUGACAUGAAGGUGACACUGAUAGAGACUCAGCUCCUGUCUGAAUAUGUCAUCCGAACAUUUGCUGUAGAGAAGAGAGGAGCCCAUGAAAUCCGUGAGAUCCAGCAGUUUCAUUUCACAGGCUGGCCAGACCACGGUGUGCCAUACCACGCUACAGGCCUGCUGGGUUUCAUUCGCAGGGUCAAAGCAAAGUCGGCUGCCAACGCCGGUCCUAUUGUGGUUCACUGCAGUGCGGGUGCUGGACGAACAGGCUGCUUCAUUGUGAUUGACAUAAUGUUGGACAUGGCUGAACGAGAAGGUGUGGUUGACAUCUAUAACUGCGUCCGAGAGCUGCGAUCACGCCGUGUCAACAUGGUCCAGACUGAGGAACAGUAUGUCUUCAUCCAUGAUGCCAUUCUGGAAGCGUGUCUUUGUGGAGACACCACCAUUCCUGCCAAUCAGCUGCGGUCGGUGUACUAUGACAUGAACCGUUUGGAUCCCCAAACCAACACAUGUUCAAUUAAAGAGGAGUUCAGGACUCUGAACAUGGUGACCCCAACUUUGCGUGUGGAGGACUGCAGCAUUGCACUGCUGCCACGAAACCAUGAGAAAAACCGCUGCAUGGACGUGCUUCCUCCUGACCGCUGCCUGCCCUUCCUCAUUACCAUAGACGGAGAGAGUAGCAACUACAUUAAUGCUGCCCUAAUGGAUAGCUAUAAGCAGCCCUCUGCCUUCAUCGUUACCCAGCAUCCUCUCCCAAACACAGUCAAAGAUUUCUGGAGACUGGUGCUGGACUACCACUGCACGUCCAUCGUAAUGCUCAAUGAUGUGGACCCUGCCCAGCUGUGUCCUCAGUAUUGGCCCGAAAACGGGGUGCAUCGGCAUGGGCCUUUACAGGUGGAAUUUGUGUCCGCUGAUCUUGAAGAGGAUAUCAUUAGCAGGAUAUUCCGCAUUUACAAUGCUACCCGGCCACAGGAUGGCUAUCGUAUGGUGCAACAGUUCCAGUUUUUAGGCUGGCCCAUGUACAGAGACACGCCUGUGUCUAAACGCUCCUUCCUCAAACUGAUCCACCAGGUGGACAAAUGGCAGGAAGAAUACGACGGGGGAGAAGGACGUACCGUAGUACACUGCCUGAAUGGAGGUGGGCGCAGUGGAACGUUCUGUGCUAUCAGCAUCGUGAGUGAGAUGCUGCGACACCAGCACUCAGUGGACGUGUUCCACGCCGUGAAAACACUGCGCAACAACAAACCUAACAUGGUGGAUUUACUGGACCAGUACAAGUUCUGCUACGAAGUGGCUUUGGAGUAUCUCAACUCAGGCUAACUGUGGACAAGCACUGAAAACUUUGGGCUAUUUUUAAAAGAAUGGACAUUGCAUCGGACACUCUCAAUACUGUGUGUGUGUGUGCGUGUGUGUGUGUGUGAGGUCAGCUUGUAUAUUUUAACAAUAUCUGCUCUUUUCUCUAUUCUAACUGAACAGUGUGAUGUAAAUGAACUCAGCUGACUUUAUGAUCUUUGAUAUUAAUUUCCUGCUUGGUGCAAAUUUUUGCGUGUGCGUCGUCGUAGUGCUUUACGUUUCUUACUGACCUGAAUGAAAUGCGCAAAUGGACAUCAGUUCAAAACUCAAGAAUCUAAAUGUUAUUUUGUUGUGUGGAUCAAAGUUAAUAUUGUAAUGUGCAGAGCAUUUGACAUGCUUACCAUUGCAUCAUUGCCUAUUUUGUGCCACGUGUAAAGGAUCCAAAGUUUUUUCUUUCUUUUUUUGGGCACUUUGUUUUUAAUAUUGUUUGUUUAUAUUGUAAAUAUGACCGAUGUAGUGUAUUAUUUAUUCACGCUGUGUAUUUCUAGUGUGAAACACAGUGACAAUCAUGUACUGGGUUCAUUGUUUAAAUUACCCAGAAUGGAUUGUCAGCUUGGCUCAUCUUGUUUGAAGAAAUAUUGUUUAAAUAUAAAUAUACACUCUAUGUACCAUAGUAAAA